AAGUAUAAUUUAUUUCAAUUCAUAUAGUAUUUUAUCAAUAAUAAGAUUUUUAUUAUAAUAUAUAUGUUUAUUCCAGGUUGCCACUUUCUAUUUGAAGCGGAAAAUAAAUUUCAUUCAGGUUUUUUAACAACGGUGUACUAUCCUACAGGGUUACAAUCAACAGAAUCGAAUAUGCUGUUAGAACUUUUAGCACAAAUUAUUGCAGGACCCUGUUUUGAUAUUUUGAGAACGACGGAGCAAUUAGGCUAUAUAGUUUAUAGUCAUAUAUAUAGACGAAUUGGAUCUCAAGGUUUGCAAAUAGUAGUGCAAAGUAAUAAACAUCCGCAAUAUGUAGAAAAGCGGAUUGAUUUAUUUAUAGACUCCAUGUUGGAUCACAUAUCUACUAUGUCAGAAGAGCAAUUCGAGGAAUACAAGAAAGCCGUGACUGCAUUACGUUUGCAGAAACCGAUAAAUUUAAGACAUCAGUGCACGUUAUAUUGGAAUGAAAUUGCAUCGCAACAGUAUAACUUCGAUCGAGUAAAUAUUGAAGUGGCCUUCUUGAAAACUAUAACACGACAGCAAUUACUCAAUUUCUUUAAGGAAAAUGUAUAUAGUAAAACUCGAUGUAAAUUGUCAAUACAUUUAAUACCGACGGCAACAGAAAAUAAAUCACUUGAUAUCACAAUCGAAGAAACUGCCGAUUCAGCUAAUGAAAAUGUUAAGAAAAUCGACGACAUUAUGUCAUUUAAAAACAGUCAAACUUUGUAUCCUCUAAGAUUAAAACCGAUCAAAAAAGAUUUUCUCAGAACGGAACAUAUAAACUUCUAAGUUACAAAAAAAUAAUAAUAAGCUAAUAGUGAAUUAUAUGAAUGAAUUUGUUUAUUACGCAUAAUUUGAGAAGAUAUUUCACAAAGUAUUCAAUAGAAAUUAAUAAAUUAAUUAUCAGCAUAUUUUAUUAUUAAUAUCAAAAUAUUAAUUAUUAUUAAUAUUAAAAUAAUAAUAAUUAUUAAUAUACAUAAUAAUAUUUCAAUAUAUAUUAAUAAUAUAUUAAUAAUAAUUAAUAUUUGUAAAAUAUAGUACCAGACAGUAUUUAUGAAACAUAGUAGACAAGUGUCUACCAUGUUUUAUGUACUUAUAUACUUCCAAAUUAUAAAGAGAAUGGUAAGAUGAAAUAGUGAAUAAUAUGAAUGAAUUUGUUUAUAUGCAUAUAAUUUGAGGAAAAAUUAACAAAAUAUUUUAUAGACAUUGAUAAAUUAUUAGCAUAAUUAAUAUUUGCAAAAGCUAGUACUAGGCAGUGUUUAUAAUAAACACACAUCUAUCAUAUUUUACAUACUUACGCACUUUUCCAAAUUAUUAAAAAUUAUUGAAAUGAAUGACACACAGACUUCCAUUAAUAGCUAAACUGUUAUCAUACUAUAAUUUAGUACUGUUUAACUUAAAUAAAGCUGCUAAUCGGAAUUCUAUAGUAUAUAGCUAGGGUGAUAAUCAUUUGUAAUACGAAUUUGUUGAUACGAUCACAGAUUACUGAAGUAAUGUUUAUAAAGGUCAGAGAUUUUAAAAACGGGAAAAAAUUCCAGAAAAAUGUAUAAUUAAAAACCAUGGUACAUAAAAACACGUACUCUAUACAUGACUACUAUAAUUUCUAUGACUCGACUGCAAGUGGCACUGGUUUCAAUCUUGUAACGAAAUUAACGGUCUAGCUAUAUUAUAUAAAAGUCUGUCGCAUAAUGAGAUAAAAUACAGAAUUAAAUAAAUAAAUUUGUUUAUUGUUAAUACUUACAACUUGACUAGUAACGUGAAAAAAAAAGUAUUAUUUUAUAAAACAUAAUAAUUACUUAUUAUUAUAAGUAA